AUGAGUUUGGUGCCUUAUAGAGAAGAAUCUUUGAUUUUAGAUGACCCCACCUCACAGUCCCUUAUUAUUGUGAACCCAACAUCAGGAACAUUAUCCUAUUUCCGGCAAAUUGACCCAGACCACCUAAACGAUCGUUCUCGACCCCCCGCCACCUCUAUUGCAACAUUUAUAUGUCCACAGUGUGGUACCGAGAUUGAUGCCACUAACUGUAGAACCAUACCGAACCAUUCAGACCAUCGAAGAUCGAGAUCAGGAUCGGAGUCUAUUUCGUCAAGUAGUAGGAUAAAUUUACCAGGUCGUUAUUUCCAAUUACUUCAAAAACAACAUCAGCAUACAAAUUCUAUAUCGUUAUCAGACACUCUUGAUCAUAAGGAAACAUCCUCAUCAGGUUUUUUUAUUCCACCAGAUCUGUUUAUACCAGGUUAUUUCCAUAAAUUUUUUAAGACUUUAUCUCUGUUGGGUAAUGGAGCCCGUGGAUCCGUCUAUAAAGUAGUUCAUAAAAUUGGUGACACAGACUUGGGUGUUUUUGCCCUAAAGAAAAUUCCUAUUGGGAAUGAUAUGGUUUGGUUUCAAAAAUGUAUUAGGGAAGUCAAGGCAUUGAGCGCCUUGACCCAUAAAAGUGCAAAUUUAAUCACGUAUAAUCAUGUUUGGCUGGAAAUGGAUGAUUCAUGUGGAUUGGUAAGAACAGCUGAUGGAACAAGUGAAGCAGGUGUGGGGAAAAUACCUUGCCUUUUUAUAUUGCAACAGUUUUGUGAAGGUGGAAACUUGGAAGAUUGCAUACUAAGGGACGUGUUUGACAAAUUUCCUGACCUGGCACCCAUUGAUGAACGGAAACAAAGAUUUAGAAUGAAGAGAAAGGAAAAAAUGGAACAUUUGGGGUCCCGUAGAGUUGGACUGAACACUAGGCAGAUUAUAUCUAUUUUAAGAGAUAUUUCCCGUGGAUUACAUGAAUUACAUGAUAUUGGACUAAUUCAUAGAGAUUUAAAACCAUCCAAUUGUCUCUUACUACAAAAAUUUAACAAAGAAGCUUAUAACUCUGCGGAAGAUAUUGAAGAUUGCUUCCCAACUAUAGUUAUUGGUGACUUAGGAGAAAGCCAAAUGGAAGGUGAGUCAAGAACAGCAACCGGUGCAACUGGAACAUUGGAAUUCACGGCCCCUGAGGUUAUUAUACCUGGAUCAGGGGGACAAAAAAGCCUAAGAAAAGAUUACAAUGAAUAUACUUUUUCCGCUGAUUUGUACUCUUUAGGUAUGAUUUGCUAUUUUAUUGUUUUCGCUGAAUUACCUUUUCAGACACAGUUGAGUAUUAGUGAAUUGAAGAUCAAUAUUAAAAAUUUCCAAUUCAAUAAAAAAGAAAUGAUUGAAAAACACAAAAGAUUGAAGUUAAAACCAAUUGAUCUUAAGAUAUUUGAUAUAAUGGAAUCAUUAUUAUCCCCCAAUGUUGCGAGAAGACCAAGAGCAAAGGAUGUUGAAAAGUUCUUAGAUCAGAUGCUAUUAUCCUCCACUGUUGAUGAUGAUCGAAUUUUUGAAGAAAGGGAGGAAAUGACUGAAGCACCCCAAGAGUCUUUUGUGUCGAUUAUGGAUGCAGAUGACUGUAUUCCAAUAUCAGAUUAUCCUUUAGCGUUACCACAAAGAGAAGAAAAAGAAAAUGAACAUAGCAGGGAGACUUCAAAUCAACAGAGAAGCAUUAAAAUAAUGAUUCCAAUCUUUUUUCUCACUGCCUUUAUUCUUAAUUUUUCUGAAUCGCACACUUACCUUAACUAUUUAACGUUAUUUUUAAUAGGCUUUUCAAUCAGGGGAACCGCUACGGAUAAUCAUUUAAUUCUUUCCAUUCUAGGUAUAAUUUUCCUAUUCCUAAUUACUGGGAAGAUUUAUUUAAGACCGAACUAA